CUCCUCGGGGCGGAGCGGCAGCACUCCUCUGAGGAGGAGUCUGUCUCCUCCUAUAAAGAAGAUCCCCGCUCCUCCUCCUCCCUCUUCUUCCUCCUCCGGCGGAUCCUCGCGCGUGUCCUCGUGGUUCCUCUUCAUCAUGGGAUUCGGUGACCUGAAGUCAGCCUCCGGCCUCAAAGUGCUCAAUGACUUCCUGUCCGACCGCAGCUACAUCGAAGGGUACGUACCCUCCCAGGCUGACGUGGCGGUCUUCGAAGCUAUUUCGGCUCCGCCCCCUGCUGACCUGUACCACGCAGUCCGCUGGUACAACCACAUCCGGUCCUACCAGAGCGAGAAGAGCAGUCUUCCAGGUGUGAAGAAGCCCCUGGGUCAGUACGGCCCCCUCGGAGUGGCCGACACCACCUCAGGCUCCGCCCCCACCACAGCCAAAGACGAGGACGAUGAUGACAUCGACCUGUUUGGUUCAGAUGAGGAGGAAGAUGCUGAGGCGACCCGGCUGAAGGAGGAACGUCUCGCCGCCUACGCUGCCAAGAAGUCUAAAAAGCCCGCAGUCAUCGCCAAGUCUUCGAUUCUAUUGGACGUGAAGCCGUGGGACGAUGAGACUGACAUGGCAAAGCUCGAGGAGUGCGUACGCAGUAUCCAGAUGGACGGGCUGGUGUGGGGCCAGUCCAAACUGGUUCCCGUGGGUUACGGCAUCAAGAAGUUGCAGAUCAACUGUGUGGUGGAGGAUGACAAGGUGGGCACUGACAUCCUGGAGGAGAAGAUCACUGAGUUCGAGGACUUCGUACAGUCGAUGGACGUCGCUGCAUUCAAUAAAAUCUGAAAUAAAAGCUCUGCACCAUA